UGGGAUCUUGUAUGGUCACAAUCGUGGUGAAUCAUAUUCAACUAUCGCUAGAAAUAUUAAAUGUAGAAAGACUACAGUUCAUGAUAUCUUAAAACAUACAGAAGCAGGAACUACUAUAAGUUUGGCGUACUCUGCUGAAGAAUUUGAUGAAUCGUGUCUUGUUCCUACUGUGGGUCGUAGUCCUGGUCAUAUGUUUUGGGGUUGUUUUUCAUGGCAUAGAUUAGGACCAAUUAUUCUAAUUCAUGGCCAUAUAACUGGUGAAGUAUAUACACAACUUAUGAGAAAAUAUGGUAUCUCCACUAUACAUCAACUAGUUCCUAAUGGAAAAGGUAUUUUUCAACAAGAUAAUGCGCCCUCUCACAAAUCCAGAAAAGCUAUAGAUUUUUUUGAUAAUGCUGGUAUUUCCAUAUUAUCCUGGCCACCGCAGAGCCCAGACUUGAACCCAUUAGAGAACUUUUGGCAGGAG